AUGUACCGUUGUGUGCUGCUGGGUGUUUUGUUGACGGUCCUGGGAGGUGCGUCAGCGCAUACUUAUCAUCUGGGAGCAUGUCCCAUUGUAGAACCAAUGCCCGGUUUCGAGAUGAAUAAGCUGCUAGGCGUAUGGUACGUGAUCCAGAAGACGUCGACCGCCUCACACUGCAUCACAUAUAACUUCACGAAGACCCAAGAGCCGGGCAAAUACGAGCUGGAGCAAGUCUCCCAGCACUUCAUAUUGGGACUUACUCCUCUCAAACAUGACUACAGGUACACUGGUAUCUUGACUGUUCCCGACCCAGCUGUCCCUGCAAGGAUGAAGAUUCGAUUCCCACUUAGCGUGGCUGGAUCAGCGAGCUAUACAGUAGUUGCGACGGAUUACGAUACGUACGCAGCAAUAUUCACAUGUCAAAAACUUGCGUUUGCGCACCGCAGGUCUGCUACCAUCCUUUCCAGGAGUAAGGAGCUCGACAAGAUAUUUGUUGACAAAAUGCGCACUAGACUUUCGUCGUUCGGCGUGGAUCCGUACGACCUGUCCAUCAUCUCACAGAGCGGCUGUCCCAAACACACCAACGGCACUGAGGGAGUUAACAUCGACAUCGACCCGGAGACGUUCUCCUCACACAACAUCGGCGAAGCUGUACGCAAGACUGGUAGUGCAAUCGCUGAUGGCGUAGAGUACGUAGUGGAAGCGGGCAAGAAGGUUUACCAUAAAGUAGCGAGCAGUAAGGAAGAUCUCACCGAGACUCCGCAGGGAGGUUACGAACGGAACCUGGACGCGGACGCUGAAUGGUUGCCUUAA